UUUUUGUCGUUUUCAAAAACGAUUGCAACUUUGCAGGCUUAAAAGUUUCAGCAAAUAUCAAUUCGUCGUCUGAUUGCGCCAUGGCUCCGGAUAAUUCGGACCCGCCCAGAGCCGGUAAGAGGUCGGCCGAUGACGUGUGGAAGGAGAUCGUGUCAGGAACUCAUCAGCGGCAGCCGAAGAAGGAGAUGAUGACCUUGGAAGAUUUUCUGCUCAAGGCCGAAGAGGCGGCUUCCAGCGGCGCUGCGGCGGCGGUGAAGCUCAAGGAAGAAGGAGGAUCGAUUGGGGGGAUUUCUGAUUUUAUGAAUUGCGCCGGGGAGGCGAGAGCGGGGGUUAAGAGGAGCUUCAGCUUGUCGGCGGCGCCGGGGAAGGCGGUGGAGCUGCGGCAGAGGAGGAUGAUCAAGAACAGAGAGAGCGCCGCGAGGUCGAGGGAGCGGAAGCAGGCCUAUGAAGCGGAAUUGGAGUCGAUGGCGGCGAAGCUCGAGGAAGAAAACGAUUUCCUCUUGAAAGAAAAGGCAGAGAACAAUAAGAAGAGGCUUAAGCAGCUUAUGCAGAGUGUGAUACCUGUUACAGAGAUGCGAAGACCACCGUACAUCCUGCAGAGAAGCGGUUCCAUGCAGUGGUAAUCUUUGUCAACACAGCUGCAAUCUGUUUUUCUGAAUAAUUCAAGCCAUUGUUGUUCUAUAAGGGUAGUAUCUUCGUUAUCUUGUUCACUACAAUGUGUAGAUUGCUGCGGCGAAACGACAACGUUCUGUCGAAAAACGUUCAUUUUCCUACUGCACCUUUACUUCUGAUAUACAAAUAAAGCAUACAAUGCUUUUGAGAA